AUCUCCCUAUAGAAAUAGAAAAGAGAAGUGAGAACAAGAAGAAGAAAGUGAAGAGAAUGAAAUAUGCAAAAGAAAGGGACAUUGAAUAUAUGGAAUGUGACGGUGGAUAUAACUUAUAAGGGUAUCCAAUAUCUAACAUCUUCUAUGCGCACUAAAUUGAAAGUGCAACAUGCCACAUUUUGAAUCACUACAAAAUUAACACACAACUCAUUCUAUAUAUAUGGGUGGGUCCAUUUCAUAUUCUUCUCCCAUAGCUAAGCCAACACAACUCAUCAAUACUCAACACUCACUCAAACCACAUCAUUGCCAUCACUAAAUUAUCUCCCACUCUUCAUUUCUUCUUUUCCUUCAUCAAAAGACAUACAUGUCCCAUUCACACUCAAAAUAAGAUGCCAUAUUUUUUUCUUCUUUAUAUUAAUUUCUAUGUCUUGGUCUAAAAUUUAAACCAUGUGUUUUAAUUGAGGGUGUGAAAAAAAAAAUUAGAGAGAAAAAGAAAGUUAUAUAGUUUUUGUGAUGGUGUGUUUGUAAAAGGAGAUAUAUAGCUAUAGUGCAAACUUCAAAGGUGUAUUUGGAUUUUUUUGGUAUAAUGGGUAAUUGUUGGUAUAGGGAAUCAUCAGAUUAUAGAGUCUCAUCCAAUGCAAAAUCAGAACAAAACCAGGUGACAAUGAAAGAAAGACAUGAUGAUAGUAAGUUACCAUCAAAUCCUGAAGAAGUUGAAGAUCUUAGACGUGUUGACUCAUCUGCAAAUCCAUUGAUUGCAUUCACUUAUAUUGAGCUAAAAAUAAUAACUUCAAAUUUUAGACCAGAUCAUGUGUUAGGUGGAGGUGGAUUUGGAAGUGUCUAUAAAGGCUUUAUUUCUGAAGAGUUAAGGGAAGGUCUUCCUUCUCUUCCUGUUGCUGUUAAGGUUCAUGAUGGUGACAAUAGCCAUCAAGGCCAUAGAGAAUGGCUGGCAGAAGUGAUAUUUUUGGGGCAACUUUCACAUCCAAAUUUGGUGAAAUUAAUUGGAUAUUGCUGUGAAAAUGAACAUAGGGUGUUAAUAUAUGAGUAUAUGGCACGAGGGAGUGUGGAACACAAUUUGUUCUCAAAAAUUUUGCUUCCCUUGCCAUGGUCGAUAAGAAUGAAGAUUGCAUACGGUGCUGCAAAGGGACUUGCAUUUCUUCACGAAGCAAAGAAACCUGUCAUCUAUCGCGAUUUUAAGACAUCAAAUAUUUUAUUGGACCUGGACUAUAAUGCAAAGCUUUCUGACUUUGGCCUUGCUAAAGAUGGACCAGUUGGAGACAAGUCCCAUGUUUCUACUAGAAUAAUGGGAACAUAUGGAUAUGCUGCACCAGAAUACAUUAUGACAGGUCAUUUGACUCCUAGAAGCGAUGUUUAUAGUUUUGGCGUUGUUCUUCUUGAACUUAUGACUGGAAGAAAAUCUUUAGACAAAUUAAGACCAGCCAGAGAGCAAAACCUAACAGAUUGGGCUCUUCCUAUACUAAAGGAAAAGAAAAAAGUGCUUAAUAUUAUUGAUCCAAGGUUAGAAGGUGAUUAUCCAACAAAAGGAGCUCAAAAAGCUGCAAUGCUUGCAUAUCAUUGCUUAAACAAGAAUCCAAAAGCAAGGCCUCUAAUGAGAGAUAUUGUUGAUUCAUUGGAACCUUUGACAACUUAUAGUGAAAUCCCUAUUGGAAAAACAUUUACCAUAAUCACUGAAGUUGCUGAAAAUAAUGUUAAAAGGAAAGAUGCAGAAUGACUUAAAGCAAAGAGGGUAUUGUUUUUUUAGGUUA